GUCACAUUUAGGUUAUGUCACCUAUAGCCUUGUAAUAACGUAAUUAUCGGUAAACGCUUCCAUUUGAAACUUCAUUGACAAACUAGAUGUGUUGUUCUGUUUGCAUUUUAUCCUAGCAUAUAGUCAUUUUUACCUGAUUUGAUGCUCAGUUCACGGUAUGGAGUUUGGCUUUGGAGCACAUGAGUAUCCUACAAGUGGCGUAUUCGAGGUAGAGCCGAAAAGUUGCCCUGGAUUCAUCUUCCGAAGGUCAGUGUUAUUGGGAAGCACUGAUUUGUCUCGCGCUGAAUUUCGAUCAUUCAUGGAGCACCUUUCUUCAGAGUACCACGGUGAUACAUAUCAUCUGAUAGCCAAAAAUUGCAACCAUUUUACAGAAGAAGUCAGCAUGCGACUGACUGGGAAGCCCAUUCCUGGAUGGGUGAAUCGGCUUGCCCGAUUAGGUUCAUUCUGCAAUUGUCUUCUUCCAGAAAGCAUUCAGAUUUCAGCAGUGAGACAUCUUCCUGAUCAUCCAGCAUAUUCUGAUGACGAUGAUGGGUCAGAAUCGCUUGCAUCUUCUAUAUCACCAAGGAGCGAAGAUGAGGGAUCGGAUCAUCUACUGAUGGCUCCUAAUGGCGAGGUAGCAUUCCUAAAAGAGAAACCAGUGAAGGUGGCUAGAGAACCUGCUUAAUUCAUUUACCCUUUGGUUCCAACUUCUUUGCCUUCAUCUAUUUAUUGUUUGUAUUUGUGAUAUAUAGUAUUGAGUGUAUCAUUUGAUCAGGCCAAAUU